UGUGCUUGCGUGCUGGGCUGGCGUGUGCACGCAAGUGCAGGGCUGUGAAAGGCUCCGGUACUCCUGCCAGUGCUCAGUGCUCCCUGCCGCUCAGCUGCGUUCCCAUUCGCUCGCACGCUCCCUCGCUCGCACGCCCGUUCAUACACACCCCCCUCCUUCCCCCUCCCCCUCCUCGCUCCGACAGGCUGGGCUCGCGGAGCGGCAUGGAGUGGGAUCUCAGAAGGAUGGAGAGCGAGCUGAGGCAGAUCAACCCGGACUUGCUGCAGCCCAGCAAGAGCUUUAAGAAGCCCUCCUCGGGCACGGUCACCAUCAACGUGGGAGGCUACCUGUACGCAGCGCAGCGGCACACCCUGGCCAAGCACCCCGGCUCCCUGCUCGAGGAAGUGGUGAGCGGGAAGAGGCCUGUGCAGCACGUCGAUUCGAUGGGCAACACCUUCAUCGACCGCGACGGGCCCAUCUUCCGGCACGUACUCAACUUCCUGCGGACAGGCGAUCUGAUCCUCCCCGACGACUUCAAAGAGGUGGCGCUCCUCCGACGGGAGGCCGACUUCUACCGGCUGAGCGAGCUUGGCCAGGCGCUGCAGGAGUGGGAACAGGUGCAGGCUGCCCAGCGAGAGCCUGCCUUCCUCGAAGUGACGGACAGCCAUGAGCGCUCGCAGGGCCUUAAGGUGUACUGCAGCGACACAAGUUUCAUCGAGAAGGUGAAAGGGCGGCUGGUGCAGAUCUCCAAGAGCCGGCUGGACGGCUUCCCAGAAGAGUUCGAGGUGUCGUCCAAUGUCAUACAGUUCCGGCACUUCAUCAAGUCCGAGCAGGGCUCACGCCUGGUGCUGAAAGAGGACAGCACAUUCCUGUGCACGCUUGAGACGCUUAAGCUGGAGACGGUGAUGAUGGCUCUGCGAGGAGGCUUCCGCCUGCUCACCUGCCUGGACAGCAGUCGGGGCUCGGUGGCACAGUGUGAGGCGCUGCACUUCGUCAAGUGACCCAACCAGAACUGCCGGCAUGGACCACAUGACCUGCCGAGAACCACCGCCUAUCCCGCGUCAACAUCCCCAGCCGUCAGUGUACUGCGCGCAGGAUCCGUUCCGGAUUACAAAAGAGUCUCCCGCAAAGAACACUGCUUCUGCAUUCCUCCAGCUCCCACCACCAAGAGGUGUUGUGUAUUGUGUUUUCUUCUGGUAUGCUGUGUAUAGUCCCUCGUAUUGGCACAAACUGGCUUUUUAAAGGAAGAGGAUCGGCACGUGGACACGGCCACUGAACUGCAGAAUGUUCCAGAAAACCUUCUGACUUCUUCCCAGAAUCAAUUCAGAUAAGUGAAAAUGGCAACAGGCUGCAUACAACUACUGUGAUUUCUGACCAACAGGCUAUGUUAUGCAUGUGCAAAUAUUCAUGGCUGGGAGCAAAUAUUGUGAUUGCUGGUUUUGUGAAAAAGUGGAGUUGACAGAAAAUGUUAUUCAGAACCUGUGAAUGUUUUCAAAAAUAAAGAUGACAAGUACUUCAUUCUACAACAUGACUUGAAGACUGUAAAGAGGUUUAGUCCUGAAAAGGCCAGUAUUGUUUGUUAGAAUCAACAGUGAUAAAAUGACAGAAUGAUGGUAUUGUCCACAGUCGGCAGCAAAGGCACAGAGCUCUCACGAGUUACCAUGGAGCCAGUAUAAACAUAGCAACAAUUAAUUUCCUUAGUAACCGUAAAGGCAGCUAGUAAUAGAGACUACAUCAUGGCCUAAAUAGAUUAUUGCAAUAUUCUGCAUGACCUAAAAACACAGAGCCACCAUUCAAUAAUUGUUAAAUAUCUCCCCGAGCAUUGAUCUUAAUUUGAAAAAGCAAAGCUAUCAGAUUGUGUGGGACCAUGUAAAAAAAAUUGUAUGUGCCUACAGCAAAUAAAAUACAAAUAAUUAUGUA